AUGUCUCCAAUUUUUUCUCCAAAAGGUUUCGUGUGUGUCGUUACGUUUGUAGUGAUUGUCGCCUACGCGCUUAUAAAAAUGAGUGAACCACCGAAAUUUCGAAAUGAAAAUAAGCUAACAGACGAAGAACUAUUGGCGAUAUUAGAAACGGAUAUUUACGACCAUUAUUUUAAUGAUUCGAUACUAGAAAAUGGUUCAAGUGAUAUCGAAGAGACUGAUAUAGUGACUGAAACUAAUGAGAUAGAUGAUGUUUUGCAAGUUAGUGAUAGUGAGAAUGAUUUGGCAGAUUCUUCAGCUGUAGUUGGCCAAUCAAUAACUUAUACAGAAAAUCCAACUUAUACUUCUAAAGAUGGUAGUGUGUGGGCAAAAGUUCCACUUACUGCGAGGACAAAGAGAAGAAAAUGUAAUAUACAAACUAGUCCAACAGGCAAAGAAGGAAACAAACCAGAGAAAGGUCAAGGUCAAAGGGUAGUGUUAGACCUGUUCCACAUAGAAAAAGAGCACAUAGGGUGGACAGAGCCGAUUUUCCACCCUGUGUUCAAUGAAAACGGCACCAAGGUUUUAGUACGUCUUCCAGUGAAAGAUGGCGAUAAUGGCCAUUAUAUGCACGUCUGUGAGAUCCACAACAAUAAAGUCAGGCCUCUCACUCAUGGAGCCUUCGAACUCACCAGGAUUUUAGCUUGGGAGGAGGAAUAUCAGAACAUAUAUGCAAUAGGAACAAUAGAAAACUCUCCCGGAAUGCGGCAUCUGAUAAAAAUAAUGGACAGCAAAAGUCCUCCCGAGUGGGAGUGUCUGACCUGCAGACCGGAAAUCGAUGUAAAUUCUACUUUUCCGGAAAACUUAAAUGAAACUGUGAUAAGUCAUAGUCUUUGGCUGGACUACCCUUGCGAUUACAAUAACGUAAUCUUUAGCAAAAAUUACAAGUACUACAUCCAAGAAUGUCUUGGACCGGAAAUACCUAUAGUUUUGUUAGUGAAGACUUCUACGAAUGCCAGAAGAGCUAUUUUGGAUACUAGUUUUAAGCUUAGGAGAAAAGUAAGAAAAUUUUCACCGCCGCAAGUGAAAACAAUAUCUGUAGAGAUAGAAUACGGUUUCAAAGCACAAGUGAGGUUAUUUCUUCCAGGCGUUUUAAGAGAAUAUGAAGAAACAACCUUCCCACUUAUACUUCUAGUUGAUGCCGCUCCGUCUUCCCAAGCCGUUUCUUCCAAAUGGGAGCUGUCAUGGCCAUGGUACCUCUCAAGUACUAGGAAUUAUAUUGUAGCACAAAUUGACGCAAGAGGGUCAGGAUUCCAGGUAUGGAAUUUAACUUGCCAUAAAUUCAAGCGUUUUUCAUUUUCCAGGUUCGUCAAGUUACUAUUAACCUUAUAA